AUGGUACUAGAGCUAAAGCUCAUCUUCUUCUUCUUCACGAAGCUUAAUACCUGGACCCUUUCUCCUGCAAAUGCGACCGAAAUUAGCCCAUGUAGUUGGUCAGGAAUUUCUUGCAAUCAUGAGGGAAAUAUCAAAAGUAUUCAGCUCAUUAAUACAAGCUUAGAAGGUAAGCUUCACUCAUUUUUGUUCUCUUCGUUUCCGCAUCUUGCUUAUCUUGAUCUUAGCAGUAACCACCUCUUUGGUACCAUUCCACCUCAAAUUGGAAACCUCUCCAAACUCCAGUACCUUGAUUUGUCGAAUAAUCAGUUUUCUGGGAAAAUCCCACCAGAAAUUGGCCUCCUAUUAAAUUUGGAGGUCUUUCAUCUAGCUGAGAAUCAAUUAAAUGGCUCCAUUCCUAAGGAGGUAGGAAAUUUGAAGUUCCUUUCCCAUCUAUGGUUAAGCAAAAAUCAACUUACUGGCAUUAUUCCUCCCACCCUCGGUAAUUUGAGCAACAUAAAAGUUUUGCUUCUUCGAAAUAAUAAACUUACUGGUCACAUUCCCCAUGAGAUAGGAAACUUAAAAUCUCUUUCUACUCUCGGGUUGAGCUUAAACAGACUAAUUGGUUUCGUUCCUAGUUCUUUUGGUAAUCUGAGUAACUUAGUAUUGUUAUAUCUCCGUGGUAACGAGCUUUCCGGUUCCAUUCCUCAAGAAAUCGGAAAUUUGACGAAGUUGGUUAAACUUUUGUUGUUUGAUAACCAUUUCACUGGCUUUUUGCCGCAAAAUAUUUGCCAAUCUAGAGUACUAGAAAACUUUUCUGUUCGUGACAACAAUUUUGUAGGUCCAAUCCCAAAAAGCUUACGAAAUUGCACAAGCCUAGUUAGAGCCCGCUUUGAAAAUAACCAGCUCAAUGGAAAUAUAUCUGAAGAUUUUGGCAUCUAUCCUAUUAUGGAGUUAUUAGAUCUCAGCAACAAUAAAUUUUACGGUGAAAUCUCAUCUACUUGGGCAAAGUGUCCACAAUUGGGCACCCUAAAGAUUGCAGGAAAUCACAUUACAGGGAGCAUACCGCCUGAAAUGGGAGACACACCUCAGCUACAUGAACUCGAAUUUUCUCGGAAUCGUUUAGUUGGAGAGAUUCCGAAUGAGUUUGGCAAGUUGACUUUUCUAACUAACUUGACAUUGAAUGGAAAUCAGCUUUCUGGUGGUAUACCUCUUGAACUUGGCUUGCUUACCGAACUUAAGUACCUUGAUUUAUCCGCAAAUAAAUUGAGUAAUUCAAUCCCUGGAAGUUUAGCUUCCUUAUUGAAAUUGCAUUACUUGAACUUGGGAAGCAAUCAAUUUAGCCAAGAAAUUCCAGGUCAGCUGGGGAAUCUAACUCAUCUAUCUGAGCUCGAUUUGAGUAACAACUUGCUGAGAGGAGAGAUAUCAUCACAAAUCUGCAAUCUAUAA